AUGUGGCAAGACGUGGAGAAUUCGGGUUCAGCUGAAAUUGUGAAUAUUUUUGGAGGAUGGAAGAUUUUUUGGAGGUUGGUUAAGCUACCAGAAAUGCGCCAGCAAAUCUAGAAGCUACAAAAAAUGCGUCAGCAAAACACUAACCCCAAAAUUUUCCAGAUUCUCGCCAUUCAACUGCUCGCCAGGCUUCACCAAAAUCCCGUGCUCACUUUUUUCGCUCGCCGUAUUUUUUGCAAUGCUUUUCCGCAUUUAUUGGCUGCUUUUUCGAACAAAUUGUGAUGUGAGUGGAAUUUUUUGUAUUUUUUUGUUACAUUUUAUUACAAGAAAUUACGAGAAAUGCAAAAAAUUCAAUUUUUAAAAUUUUUAGUAAUUAAAUGUUACAUUUUUUUACAGGAAAUUCAGAAAAUUCAAUUUUUCAAAUUUUUUGUAAUUAAGUGUUACAUUUUACUACAAGUAAUUACAAGAAAUUCAGAAAUUUCAAUUUUUCAAAUUUUUGGUAAUUAAGUGUUACAUUUUAUUACAAAAAAUUCAGAAAAUCGAAUUUUUUGUAAUUAAAUGUAACAAGAAAUUCAAAAAAUUCCAAUUUUUUCCAGUUUCUAACUCUUGGCUGGUCUGAAGCGAAUCUCUACGCAUUUCUGACCUUCGAAUCAUUUUCCCUGCUGAUUGCGAUCUCUCGAAUGACUUCAGUGGAUAGUGUAAAUAAAUUGGAGAAAAAUAUUGGAAUUAUGAAGAUGAUGAGGGUAAGUGGAAGGCCUGGGCCUGGGCCUGGGCCUAGAAGGCCUGAAGGCCCAAAUUUUUCCGAUUUUCCGAACUUUCUUAUCAAAAGACCAAUAAAUCAACGAUUUUUUCUUAUCAAAAAAAAUUCCAAAAAAAUUUUUCUUCCAGAUUAAACCCCACCACGAAAAAUUGGACAAUUACAAAGGUGUACACUUCAGACUGUUUUUAUGGCUUAUUUUGAUCGGAGUUUCGAUUUUGGGAUCGGCGGUUUAUUUGUUGGCUAAUAAGCUGGUGAUUUUUGGAACGUGAGUUUUUUUGAGGCUACCAGAAAUGCGUCAGUGAAUGUAUAAGCUUGUAUAAAUGCGUCAGCAAAUUUAGAAGCUACAAGAAAUGCGUCAGCAAAUCUAGAAGCUAAAAGAUUUUUUCCUUGAAAUCCACGUGGAAAAAAUUCCCCAAUUUUUCAAAAUUGAAAAAAAAUUUGGAAAAUUUUGAAAUUUUCCUUCAGAAAUCCACGUGGCAACAGAUUUUUAGCUCAAAAUUCUGGACCAUGUUUUCAGAUCCAAAAAUUCUGAAAAAUUUUAAUCCAGAGCUCUGCAGGCUCCAAAAAUACCGAGAAAAUUCCACGUGGAUUUUUUUUUGUAAAAUGUCUCCGCAAGCUUCCGCGAAGCGGCACUAUUUUCCGCAUAGCGGCUACGCCUAGGCCCAAGCCUAAGGCCCUGCCUAAGCCUAAGACCUUGCCUAAGCCUUAGCCCCCCCCCAUGAAAAUUCUCGCAGGCAACGAAAAUUUGGAAUUUUUUGCAUUUCUCGUAAUAAAAUGUAACAUUUAAUUACAAAAAAUUCAAUUUUUUGCAUUUUUUGUAAAUUCAUGUCACAUUUGGUUACAAAAAUUACGUAAGGCCCUGCCUAAGCCUAAGGCCCUAAGCCUAAGGCCCUAAGCCUAAGGCCCUAAGCCUAAGGCCCUAAGCCUAAGGCCCUAAGCCUAAGGCCCUGCCUAAGCCUAGAUGUAAGGCUCGAGCGCUUUUAGCGCGAGUGUAGACCGCAAGCUUCCGCGUAGCGGCUACGCCUAUGCCCAAGCCUACGGCCCUGCCUUAGCCCAACAAACCCAGCCUUUUUUGCAGCACCCAAUAUUCCACGUGGUACCCCACCUACGACUUCAUCAUCUCAAUCUUCUGCUUCUACGUUCACUUCCUCUAUCUUCCAAUUCACAUCCUUCUCCAUUCAGCGAUCAGAAGAGAAAUCGAUGUAUUCAACAUUGAACUCGAAGAAUCUCUCGACCACCCUGAUCUUCAGAAGAGCCCAGAACUUCUCCAAAAAUUCGCCGAUCGUCAAUUGAUCCUCCAAAACUUCACGAAUUUCACCAUCUCCAGAUUCAAUCAACUUUUGAAUAAUGCCAGUUUCCUGAUCCUUGUAGCAGUUCUGAAUGGAUCUUAUAUCACUUCAGUGAACAGUUCCGAUAGACCUUUGUUAUAUUUUUUCUGCAAUUUAUUCCUAUCGAUUUCUACAAUUGUUAUAACUUCAAUGCUUUUAUAUCCACAAGCAAUGAUCAAUGAAGCAAUGCAAAAAACAUCUAGAAUCCUGAUGUCUUCAAAAUCACUUCAAGAAAAUUCAGAAGUCUCACAGAUAAUGAUUCAAAGAAGCCGUGAGAAUCGCCACUUUAACAACAUUGCUCAUGUUUACCGGAUAACUCGGAAGAAUAUCGAAAGAACAUUUUUGUUUUUCACAGUUUUGGUAUUGGUUAUGAAUGUGACACAUCAAUUUAUUGAAUUGGGAGAUGCGAUGGGAGAAUUCUUGAAGGAUCAGAAUAAGCCAUCUGUACAUUGA